AAAACGUGGUUGACUGUUUCACUUUGUGAGCUCCCAAAUUCAUCUGUUGACGUUCGUCGGUCCGUUUCAUGAUUGUACUUGUCAGAAGCUAAAGAAAACCUACUAACAGUGAUAUUAUAAGUGGCGAUCAUGGGUAAAAAGGAUAAAGCAAAGAAAGGAAAGGGAGCUGAGAAAACAAUAGCGAAAACUUUGAAGAAACAAACUAACAAAUUAAAAAAGGAAUUGGCCGCCAAAGGAGAGGAAGAUUUAGAGCAAGUUAUCAAAGAACUUGAGGAAGCAGAUAGAAAGAAAAAUUCUAUUGUUGAAGAUUUACUAAAAGAUGGUCCUAGCCGCAGGGCAAAUUUCUCUUUUAAUGCUCAUGUGGAUAAAGAUGAAAUCAUUAUGUUUGGAGGAGAGUACUUCAAUGGCCAAAAGACAUAUGUUUAUGGAGACCUUGUUAUUUAUAAUUUAAAAAAGAAAACUUGGCUAAGAAUUCAAUCCCCCGGAGCUGCUCCUCCACGUUGUGCCCAUCAGGCAGUCUUGACUGCAGGAGAAGGAGGGCAGCUUUGGAUCUUUGGAGGAGAAUAUGCAUCACCUUCUCAAUCCCAAUUUUACCAUUACAAAGAUUUGUGGGUCUUCUAUCUAAAAACCAAGAAAUGGGAGAAAAUUAAUGCUACACUUGGCCCGUCGUCGCGUAGCGGCCAUCGGAUGGUUUUAUGUAAAAAACAAUUAGUAGUGUUUGGAGGCUAUCAUGACAAUGGAAUGGAUUACAAAUACUAUAACGAUCUUCAUACGUUCGAUCUAGAAACUAGAACGUGGCGUAAAAUUGAUCCAGCUGGUAUUGCGCCGUCACCCAGAUCGGGUUGCCAGAUGGUUGCCUUGCCCGACGGCCGUAUUCUUAUAACAGGGGGUUACAGCAAAAACAAAGUGAAAAAAGACAUUGACAAGGGCAUUGUACACAGCGAUGCAUUCCUUCUAGUUCCCGAUAAGCAUGACACUAAUGGUACCAAAUGGAAAUGGCAAUCGGUUAAACUCAGUGGAACAAAGCCUUCUCCACGUACUGGAAUGAGUGUGGUUGCAAAUACCAUAGGCAACCGUGCGUAUUUCUUCGGUGGUGUCCAAGAUGAAGAGGAAGACGAAGAAAACAUUUCCGGCACGUUUUUCAAUGACUUAUAUUGUCUUGAUCUAGAAAAACUUAAUUUCAGCCGAAUUACCCUUGAUGGCGUAAAAUGUAAAAAAGAAGCAGUUGAUGCUGAAGGGGUUUCGUCCGAUAUGGUUGAAGACGUGGAACAACCUGAAACGUCAGUCAACACUGAACAAUCAAUAGUUGUUGAUGACGGUGUGUUUACUCUGACCAUCGGACCUUCGUCUAGUGGUAAUGCUGAGAACGCCAGUGCUGGAGCAACUGGAGCCGUUGCUGUUCAAGUGACAACACCGUCUCCUCGCAUGGGUUCCGGACUCUGUGUCAAGCAUGGCGUUUUAUAUCUCUAUGGCGGAAUUGUCGAGGAUGGUGACAAACAAUACACGUUGAAUGACAUGUUUGCCCUGGAUCUGCACAAAGGAGUCGAAUGGGACGAACUCAUUCACGAUGAGCAGGCCAAGUGUGAAUGGAUUGAUUCGGAUUCAGAGUCAUCGGGAAUGGAGGGUGACGAUUCGUCUGACGAUGAUGAUGACGAUGAAGAGUCAGACGAAGUGAUGGAAGAAAAUUAAAAGUAAGAUUGUUUUUAUACUUUUGUUACAGUCUUGCUACCCACACGUUUGUAAAACUAUCUGAAUGAAUGGCUAAUUGAUGGAAAAGAUGAACUACACUUUUCGAAAAUGAAAAGAGUUACGGUACUACAACGGAAAACUUAGGUGUGGAGAAGUACGGUAAUAGACAGGGUAAAUGAAAUA